UUUAAUUUAAUUUUAACUGCACACGAACUACAUCAAUGAUUAGUCACAAUAGACAAACCACAGCUGUCAACUCCUUCAAAAAUCUCACUUGACAAAGGUUGGAGAAAACAUGAAGACAGAAAUUAAAUAUUUAAAGGGGUCAUACUCGGGCUGUUAAAUAUGAAGCUGCAUAUACUUGUCAGGUUCCAAAGGUAUGGCAGUUUCUUCCUGUAAACUUAUUGUUCUGUAAAAUAACAGAAGGUCAAGUUGGGACCCCUUAAAAAAGCCAAAAUACAAUCUCAAUAAUCGGUGGCCGUUCAGCUGAAAAGUGAAACUGCCUUUGAGUACUCCUAUUGAAAACAAAGCACUGAAGAUUGAUCAUUACUGUGUAUUGUCUGUAAACAGCAAUAGUUCCAAGGUAGCAGAAGAGAUGACUGAAUAGGUUUUGUAAUGCCCUCGUGGUUAUGAGCUUUUGUGCCUGCAUGGUGCAGACUGCAGUACAAUGAAGACGGGAGGAGAAAUCAUGACAUCUUCCGACGUAGGUGGCUAGGGGUGAUUGUGCAAGUUUUGUUUUAAAGGUCUGUUUGAGAGAUUUUUGUUUCAGUUGCAACUGUGUUUAGUUCAACUAUAUCACUAUCUCUUCUGUUGAAAUGGAAAAUGUUACCGUUGCCCCCCCCCCCCUUUUCCUUUUUUUUUUAAAAACGUUUGAACGUAAUUUUAGCCAAGUUGUUUCCUAAAUUAAGUUUGUUAUGUUCAUGGAUUUACACCAUUGUAAAUAAAAAAAAAUGUGGAACAGAAUCUCCAUGUGACUAAUUGUGUCAUAUGUCAGAAGACACACAUUUUAGCAAAUAUUGAGGAAGUGCUGUGACAGAGACACUGGAAUGCAUCUUUGGCCAGCAUCUCCUCUCCUCACUGGUGAUGGACAAUAUCACCACAGAAUGAGAUGAAGUGCUACAAAACAUUUAAUUCCUGAAAAAACUGUCUGUCCGCAUCAGGUGUUCAACGGAAAUUCCAAACCUUAUGACCUGCUCAUGGCAAAGAUGAGCUGGACGACUGGUACACAAUGUGUUGCCAAGGGAGACCAUAGGAAGCCCAAACCUGGAGAGCUGUUGUACCACAAAGGAGACAUACUCACUAUUGUCGCCAUGACCACGAAUAAAAGAUGCUACAGAGCCAAACAUAACUCCACCGGAGACGAGGGGAUCAUAAAUAGCGACGAUGUGCGGGAAAGAGAAGCUCUGCGUUUGGAUCCAAGCCUCAGCCUCAUGCCCAGAUGGUUUCACGGGAAUAUCUCGGGCCCAGAGGCGGUCCGCAAGCUGCAACCGGCCCAGGACGGCCUGUUCCUGGUGCGGGAGUCAAACCGACACCCAGGCGAUUAUGUGCUGUGUGUCAGUGUCUCUGGGGAAGUCAUCCACUACCGAGUGAUGUAUCAGGACAACCUACUGACCAUUGACAACAAUCAGCACUUUAACAACCUCAUUGACAUGAUCGAGUUCUACUCACAAAACAAGGGUGCCCUUGCCCGAACUCUACUGAAGCCCAAACCAAAACAAGGAGCCAAGUCGGCUGAGAUGGAGCUGACAAAAGCUGGAUGGCUGCUGGACAUUACCGCACUGAAACUGGGACACAUCAUCGGAGAGGGGGAGUUUGGUGCUGUGUUCGACGGUGAAUAUUUGACCCAGAGGGUGGCAGUAAAGACCAUUAAGUGUGAUGUCACAGCCCAGGCCUUCCUGCAGGAGGCCACAGUGAUGACGAAGCUACAACAUAAAAACUUGGUGCGCUUGCUGGGGGUCAUCCUGCACAAAGGCCUUCUCAUUGUCACGGAGCUCAUGACGAAGGGAAAUCUCGCAAACUUCCUCAGGACGAGAGGACGAGCACUCGUUGGCUCUGUGCAGCUUCUUCGCUUUGCACUCGAUGUGUGUGAGGGAAUGUCGUACCUGGAAUCCAAGAAGCUGGUCCACAGGGACCUGGCGGCCCGCAACGUCCUGCUCUCUGACGACGACGUGGCCAAGGUCAGCGACUUCGGGCUGACGAGGGCGGCCUCCAGGGUAUCAGAUGACCAGCGUGCCAAACUGCCUGUCCGCUGGAGUGCCCCUGAAGCUCUGACGAAAGAGAAAUACUCCACAAAGUCAGAUGUUUGGAGUUAUGGCAUUCUGCUCUGGGAAAUCUUCUCCUAUGGUCGGCAACCAUAUCCAAAGAUGGUAGGAAGCCUCAUCGUAAUAACUGCAUCUUUGAAGGAGGUGAUGGAGCGAGUGGAGGGCGGCUUUCGCAUGGAGGCACCAGAAGACUGUCUCCCCGCUAUUUACGCCCUCAUGACCAUUUGCUGGGCCAAGGAACCUCGCAGAAGGCCCACUUUUCACAAAAUGAGGGAAAAACUUGAACAAGAGAUGAAAAAACGAAGUCCGGGUCAUGAGUUGCAACAUCAAGAUGGAGUCAUGCGUGGAUCCGGAUAUGGAGGUGGCUACCCCACUCACAUUGUUUAAAUUCAAUUGGACAGUUUUUUUUUUUGGAGGGGAGGUUUUCGUCCACUUAUGACUUCUUUCUCAACAUUAUGGACUACAAAACUUUCAUUCAGAGUUAUAGUACACUAACAAGGCAUUCUGAUUUAAGUUUUGGAUUUCUUCGAUGGUCUUCUAGGUUUUUCUUUUUAAGAAUGUAAAUAGGUUGCUAGUGAGUGGGACACACCUCUGUUUUUUUUUUUGCAAUCACUUUAUUGAAUGUUGUAGGACUUGAUGCAGACUUGAAAGAUAUGUUAUGUAUGUCUUUUUCGAUCCCAAACACUUUUGGUCAAUAGAUUACCUAAAUGUAGUUUGUCAUGAAUAGCUGCACUUUUAGGUUUUUCAGAUUAAGAUUCUAUUAUUGGAUCUAUCGCUGACCUUUGGCAAGAGGGUGGACCACAUUGGACUAUUUGCCAGCCAAUUGCUAGGUUCAUACACAGCUCUCCAUGAUAUGAAUUAUUUGUGUUUGGACUUAAAUUCAAAAAAGGAGAAUCCAACCUUCGAUUCAAGUGCUUUUACCAUUCAGGGAUGGGGGAGUGGCACAUGAAGGAAUAAUGCUUUUAUGUCAAAUCAUGUGCGCAACAAUUAUUAGCACCGCUGAUGUUGAUACUUUGUAGAACCCCUGGCCAUCGAUUCAUCAAUCAUUCUGUUAUUUUAGCAGUUGGCCAUUUUAGAUCAUAUGAAUAGUGUUUAUUUUCUUUCCCUAUUUCAAAGAUGUUGACAAAAUAGGUCAAGUUAUACACAUAAUUAUGGUAUAUAACUGGUAUCAGGAAUAAAAAUACAAAUUACGGUAUGUGUAAAUUACCCGAACUCAGUCUGUGUUUUGAUUCGUUAUCAGUCUUGAUAGCCUACACAACGGUAUCUUUCUUUCGAUCAUUGUGUCCAUGGGACUUAGUUUAAAGGCAUGCAAUAAAAAAUGUUAUUUUGUUACUGGCCCACAAGCCACUUCACUUGAGGACUCGGCAGAAAAUGUAGUCCUUUAUUGCUGGAUUGUUGUCACAUUGGAUGAGCGCGUUGAGGAGAUUUAAGUCAGCGUAAGCUCGGUAUUUGUCUCUGUCCCGUGAGACGCGAACCCAAAUUGAGGCUUCAUCCUCCUCACCCAAUGAACCAGCGUCCUGUAGCAUUGCGUCAAUCUGCUCCGUGUUUUUUUUUUCUUCUCAAGACCUAUAAUGGGAUGACCUGUAAUUUUCUACACAAGGAUUUACUGCAAACCAAAUGUAAAAAAAUGACAAUGAUAAUAAUAAUAGAAGAUUGGAUGGGGUUGCGUGAGGAUUUACUUUUGCUUGCUGUGUACUUGGGGUGAGCUUUUCUGUCACAGGACAUACUGGUGUUUUUAUCCCAGGCCAUAUGUUAAUGGUACAUCUAAUUCCUUCUAAGGUGGGCUUUCUGUUUGACUCCGGCGGACAACAAGCUGCCUAAUGACAAUUAAGUGACACAGAGCAAGGGAACCUUUUCGCUCGUACUUAAUAUCCUUCACAAUCUCUCUCUAUACGUGAUCUUGAUCACUAUGUAAUGCAAUUGUCAAUCACAUUUUAAAUUAUACGCUUUUAUCACUUUUUAAGUCAAUAAAUGAUUCAUUAUUUAUCGACACAUAUAGUUUAUUUAAUUACGCCCUUUCAAAUCCACAUCAGUACUUCUUUUAAUCAUUUAACCUCGAUCGUCUCGGAUAGAGGUGGCUUUUAAUUUUCAUGGAGUAAUUUAUAUCAUUAAAGUGGAGCAGUUGCAUAGAUUACCUGUCAACUAACACAAUCCCGCUAAGAACUGUAUGUUUAGCCCACAACGCGUUUUAGUGCCUGUAAUUAGGUCGUGCUCAGACUUGAGACGUAUGCCGCUGAAUUGAUCGAGAGCUGGCUCAAUUUCUAUUCAAAACUUUGCAAUUCAUGUAUCACAAUUGGGAGAUCACUGGUGGGGAAAGUUUAUUCAAGUUGUCUGAAUGGCUUUUGGGAGCACACCCCAAAAAUAAAAUGAGAACGCCUUCAAAUGUCCGUUUUUGCAGCAAGUCUUUGCCGUUCUUUUGUUUGGUUAGUAGUUACUGCUUGUCUCAGUCCAUGUUAAGAACACCAGUGAAUCACAUGACCAUCACCUUCGCUGCCUCACUCUUCCCUCCUCUUCCUUGAUCCACCAUCCCCCCCACAGCCUGUCUGUGCACCACUCGGGGUAAGCUGACACUGCGCAUUUACACGUUAGCUGCUUUUACCUUUAAUAGGAUCAGGGCGACUUACGUUGUCAUUUGAUAAAACCACGCAUCUUGAAAACUACACUGCUGUCCCCUUAACCAAUUUAUGCACAGGAUAACAGGCAAACAGUAGUAGGCCAAAGAGUUGCACGAGCAAAAUUGGAACGAGAUAAUCACCACAAUCUUGUUGUGACUGAGAGAUUGUCGAUUAACUUGCAAACACUGUGGUUCUUUCCUUCUUUUCCUUGCCAGUGAAUGGAAACAAACUAUUUUAGCUAGCAUCUGGGAGACGA